GUUUUCCUGCAAGAAAACAAUGAAAUAUUAACCUCUUGCCUAAAAGCAUUUCAAAUGUAAUUUCCCUGGGUGAUCGUCAGACUGAGUACAGAUGAGCCACGAGCCAGGGUUGUGAGAUGACAUCCCUGCUAAUGUCUAAAACUAAGAUGUUUUUGUCCUCUACCCUCAUCGUUCUCAUCGGAGGUUCAUGGAACACCAUUAGAGUCUGCAGUGCCGGCCGUUACGGACAAACGUGCGAUGAGCUGUGUAAUGGUAACUGUAAGAACAAUGAGACAUGUGACAACUACAGUGGCAAGUGCUGGAGUGGAUGUAAAGAUGGCCUUUAUGGAGACAUCUGCAACCAGACGUGUGGUCAUUGCAGGAACAUCGCCUGUGAGCAAACAAGUGGAAAAUGUCUGUCCGGAUGUUUGGAAGGCUGGAAGGGAACACUGUGCAAUACUUGUACGUUCAAAUCAAUAUGGUGGUACUAACACUGUAAUGAGUUCAAUCCUAGCAUUGCUAAGAUGAGAUAUGAAUAUAGUUAUUCUCAGAAUGAUUUGAUUGCUUCCACCUAGACACCUGAAGGAUAUAGGCAGAAAGACACAGGCUAGCCCUCUCCCUCCUGCUUAGCGGGGGAGCGGGUAUGAAGGCAUUGAAAGAAUCGAAAUUUGCAGUACAUGUACCCGUAAUCUCACUCUUUACCUGUGCUGUGCUUUGACCUAGUGAGCGAUUCUUUUGGAAAAGAUCCAACAAAUGGAGUGUGCACACCCAACCCUGGUAUAACACCUCGCGACCAUUGACCAAGAAUGUCAAGAUCUCUUUUAUCUGUGUAUGAGUCACCAACAGAGAGACACUAACAUUCAAAAAUAAAAAAUGUCGUUGAAUUGUUGAAUCCUCUGUCAGACUGUCGCUACAACUGAGCACUGCCAGAACUGGUAUUCCGUAUCACUUUUCGUCCUUGAGAAAUGAUGCCACCCCUGUCUUUGUUUCACUCCUCUAGCUCUCAAUUUCAAUACACACUCCACACACUUUUAACAUACAUUUAUCGUCGUCUCCCUGUCCAACUCAUUUCUGAUCUGUUUCUUUGUUUAUCGAAGGCUGAUGAUGACCACUACUGCGCAAAUAAUGAUAAUAAAUUUUAAAUAAAAUAAAGUAAAUGUUUGUGUCGGUGGUGAAGUGUUUGGAGAUGGCUGAUGAGGCCAGUUCGUAGUAACAGUCUCCCACAUGAUAAGCACACACACAUACAACAUAUCUCUUGCCGAUCCUCCGUCGUAGUAAUGAAACAGUCAAUGAGAUGUCAGUGCUUGGAGCAGGGAUGUGAAUGAGUAGGCCAAACAUGGUGUCGGUGAUGACCAGUUCAUGCAAUUCAGUGUAAGUGUCUUCAGUGUCUUCAACAGCAAGAGACCAUCACCGUUACA